ACAUUUAUUUUUUAUCAAAAGGUUAAAGGUUCGAAUUCUACGGUCAACGACCGAACUUAAAAAGAGAAUGUGGAAGCUGUGUGAACAUUCAUCCAUGGCUAAGGGGGGCCCAUGUUGUGUGCUUAAGAGAGGCAACUGGGUAACCAGGAGGCCCACUUGGGUUGGCAUAUGCAACUCUUGCAGUACACAAUUGGCUUAGAACUCUUGUGGUUUGUGGUUUGCUCCAACAUCUCACAUGAUUUUGUUUCUCAUUCUUCUUCUUAAAUACAUCUUUCAAGCCCACCCCUUCAAACUGAAUCUCUCUCAUCAUCAAUCUGUAUCUAUUUAUCAUAUCUUUCCCUCCCUCCCACCAGCCACAAAAACAAACAACACACAUAGACACUUCGUACUCCUUUCAACUCUUAUAAUGGCUAUCAAAAAGGCUAAUCUACUUCACCCAUCAACCUCCUUCAGACAUAUUCUCCGAAGGUGUUCGAGCUUUGGCAUGCGAAAUGGCUGGAAUGAAGAUGGUGGCCUCCCCGAUGAUGUACCGAAGGGCCACUUUGCUGUCUAUGUUGGAGAAAACCGAAGUCGGUACAUCGUCCCGAUUUCGUGGCUGGCUCAUCCACAGUUCCAGAGCCUGUUGCAGAGAGCAGAGGAGGAGUUUGGUUUCAACCAUGAUCUGGGCAUCACCAUCCCUUGUGAAGAGGUUGUUUUUCGCUCCUUAACAGCCAUGAUCAAUAUCAGAUGAGGUCGCAGAAAAACAAAACAGAGGAUUCUUUUUUUCCCUGCAAGUUGGUGUUUGGAUAUUUAUUGGAGAAAGGAGUUGGAAGGAGCCAAAUUUGCCCUCCUCCUUUUCUGGAAUAAUUUCCCCCCGUUUCUUAAACACGUUGAGGAAUAACCAUCUUUGAUUAUAUAUAUUGUAAAGAUUUGGUUGUGCAAUCUGAAAACUGUGAAGCUAUGCAUAUAUUUACUAUUUUUUGUUUCCUUUUGAGGUCGCUGGUUCAAGAUGAAAUGCUAGAGCCUUGCAAGGAUUAUGCUUCUUUCA